GCUAAAAUAGUCUAGUGGCCCAUUAAAAUACUCCCCUUGUCACCUCAUUUCCAUACUAUUAUGCGCAGUCAUUACGCCACCUCGAAGCUGCAUUCGUUAAAACAUGAACCGAAUUGAAUUUCCAUAAAAUCGAUGAAACUGAGAUAGUAGAUCUGAUUGCAGUCGGUCAGUGGGCCAUUAAUCCGAGGUACGAAGUGACAGUGAUUGUUAAAUAAUGAAGGCGUGUGGGGCCGGAGUGAGCACGGCGGCCCAUUGAGCAGCGACGCGCGACGCGAGUGCGGUGUGACGUCACGGGGCGCCGCCGCCGCCCCGCGCCUGCGCCCGCCUAUCGAGCGGCAGGCAUGUGCCCCUUACAGCCGGCCGACCGCUCCGCCCGACCGACUCACACUUUUUUAUUUUCCCUCCGUACGUAGUGACCGCUGUGACAACCAGGUUAUAACAUAGAAACCGUAGUCCGCGAGCCGAGGACACGCGCUGUGAUCACGGUUCGGGGGUCCCGCGCCGCCGCCCCGAGCGCCCGCCUUGAUUCCAAAAUGGCAGGAUGUAGGCCGAGGCCUGAGGCGCGAGCCUGUGACGGUGCGGUUUGGCUCGCGUGAGGCAUGUGUCCUGUUACAUAAAUGUUACGCAAGCUGAGGACGUGCCCACUCGAAGGUGCAACUGUAAUACGAACUAGCCCGCUAGCUUGGUGCAUUGUGCUCUGGAUCCCAUGUAAUCCGCGGAAGGAGCUGCCUCGCAGAGAAUGAGCGGUUACGGCGGUGGCAUGUCCGGCGACUCGGACGCGCUGUCGCGGCGUCUGCGCGACGCUGAACGCGCCCGCGCCGACGCCGAGCGCGCGCAUGCCGACGCGCUCGCGCAGCUGCGCUCGGCACAGCGCAGUCCGCUUGACGCGCACACCGUCGACCAGCUGCAGUCGCGGGCAAGGGAGCUAGAGAAGAAGGCGGCGUUAGAAACGGUGCGGUGCGAGGAGCUACAACUAGAGCUGUCGUCAUCUCUGCGCGCACGCGGCGCGCCGGCCGCCUCGUGGAGCCAGCACCAGCAGGCGCACCAGCAGCCCGCCUCCGAGAUCGAGCGCAUCAUGGCCAAGAUCGAGCAGGACAACCGCAUACUCGCCGAGCUCGAGCACACCCGCUCCACCACGCACGGUAUGCAAACGAGUGGUUCCAACCAAGCGCUGGGGGACUUCCACUCCCCGGCGCCGUCGCCGCUGCCGCACUCAUACACGAGCGCGGGGCACCACCCGGUCGCCAUCUGCCAGAGCAACACCAUGCCCACGCUGUCCUCGCUUCACGCCACCGGCCAGUUCACGGCGCCCAGCUCCAACUCCGUCGCCUACUCCAUGAGCGCGCACAACCCUACCCCCUAUACGAAUCCUGUCUCUGCCUACUCAACAAAUACCUAUGGACUGACGAAUCCCAGUCACCAAGUCACCUUCACAAACCCUGUUACAGCCCCACUUGUCAACAACAUCGGACAAAUAUCCAGCACUCUAGCAGGACUACAGAGCAACUUGCAAAAUAUUACUGGCAACGUAUCGGGCAUGAGUUUAGGAGGAGGCUUGACCGGAUCGACGUUAACAGGAGCCAUGGCGGGAUCUGGGUUGACAAGUUGCUUGAACAAUGUGCAGACCAGUUUAUCUGGAGGAUUGACUAGCACCCUUGGUGGAAUGCAGUCCACGUUGACUGGAGGGUUGGGAAACGCCCUUUCGAACCUGACUGCCACGCACCUGGGAGGAUUAAAUACAAGUCUGACUGGCACUAAUGUAUACGGUACUGGGACUGGAACCUACACAAAUCCGUUGCUGUCUAGUGGAAUAGGAACUAAUACUAUGAACAUUAAACUGAAGCCGCUAGAUGAAAUAGACCUCGGGAUGGGGAGAUACGGGACGACCACGUCAGGCGUGGGGCGAGUGGCAACGCCGGUCACGCCGCAUCAACCCGGGUGGAGCUUAGGAUUAGAUAGCCAAUUUGGAACUGAUAGAUUAGGUGCAUUAGAUUCGGGUUUCAGCCAUGACCGAAAUCAAAGAGCUUUGUCUAGAAUCAUGCCUAACUCUGGAUUGGAAAUGGACAUUCGGAAUACACAUUAUAUGAACGGCACCGCCCCAAGUCAGGAGGGUCAGGUGGACAUGCUGGACAUUCCUGGGAAAGGGCGUUGCUGUGUCUACAUCGCCCGGUUUUCUUACGAUCCACCAGACAUCGAGAGCGCGGAAGGAGAACUGUCCGUGAGCUCAGGAGACUAUCUGCUUGUGUGGGGGCCGCCGGACUCGAACGCCGCCAUGCUGGACGCCGAGCUGUUGGACGGACGCCGCGGCCUCGUGCCCGCCAACUUCGUUCAGCGGCUUGUGGGUGACGACUUAUUAGAAUUCCAUCAGGCUGUAGUAGCCACACUCCGAGACGCCGAUGAAUCGGCGACGACAGCCAUCAGCGACCUCUCGCUCAGUCGCGAUGUCGCGCGGCUCAGCGAGGUGGCCGACCUCAGCGAGGGACCUGAAGAUGACGACAACGUCCCGGCGCCGCGGCAGCUGACCCUGGAGCGGCAGCUCAACAAGUCCGUGCUCAUCGGCUGGACGGCGCCAGAAGGCGUCCAGCAAGCCAAUAUCGAGAGCUACCAUGUGUACGUCGACGGAGUUCUGAAGACAACUGUGAAGGCUUCGGAGAGGACACGCGCGCUUGUUGAAGGUGUCGAUUCUAAUCGGCCGCACCGCAUCAGCGUGCGUUCAGUGACGGUCACGCGGCGCACGUCCCGCGACGCAGCCUGCACCAUGGUGAUCGGGCGGGAUACAGCCAACAUGGGCCCAACGUGCGUGCGCGCCAGCGGCGUGACAUGCUCGCAGGCAGUUAUCUCCUGGCUGCCGGCUAAUUCGAACCAUCAGCACGUCGUUUGCGUUAAUAAUGUUGAGGUUCGAACAGUAAAGCCCGGCGUGUACCGCCACACGAUCACCGGUUUGUCUCCAAGCACACAGUACAGAGUAACGGUCCGAGCAAAACACUUACGAGCCGGACCGCCUUCUGGUAUACCUAUAGAAGAGGCCCCCGGGGCCUACACGGACUUCCGGACGCUCCCCAAGGGCCUCCCCGACCCGCCCGCCGAGAUCAUGGUGGAAGCGGGCCCGCAGGACGGCACGCUGCUGGUGACGUGGCAGCCCGUGCUGCGCCCGCCCGCCUCCGGGCCCGUCACGGGGUACGCCGUCUACGCGGACGGCAAGAAGGUGACCGACGUCGACUCCCCCACCGGGGAUCACGCGCUCAUCGACAUCGGCAAGCUGAUCGGCCUCAAUCCCAAAUGUGUUACAGUUCGUACAAAGUCUCGCGACAGUCAGUCGGGAGACAGCGCGCCUACUCCGAUCCCGCCAGCGGUGCUGCGCGGGGUCGUGAACCGUGGGCCGCGGGGCCCCAUGGGCCCCAUGGGCCCUAUGCCCCCGGGGCAGCAACAAGGCUUCCGUGGUCAGCAGCGCCCGCAGCCCUACCAGCAGCACCAGCAAGUGCUAGAACACGACGAAAACCUCUCGGAUAAGGAGAUAUUUCCCUCCGCCAACCGACACGAUCCGCAUGCCGCUCAGCCCGCGAGUGGAUUCGGCACAGGCCUCCUAAAGAGUAUAUUCGACAAAAUAACCCCUUCGCAAUCGGGAAUACCGGCCAUCGAAAUCACUAAAGAGGGAGCGGCGGAGCUGGGUAGUGAGGACGACGAACGCCGCCGCCAGCAGCAGCAACCGUCCCAACCAGCGCAAGCGUCGCAGCAGCCAUCGGGUCAGCCGUACCCGAAUACACAAGCCUACCAUGGCACGCAGCAACCCCCCUAUCAACCACAGCCAGCCGGCCAGUACCCAAGUAGCCAGCCUCCAUACCCCGGCGCCCCGGCCGGCCCCAUGCCGCCCUACAACCAACCCCCGCCGAGGAACCACCACGAGAGGGGCCGCCCUCCUAACCCCCACCAGCAACAACAACAACAACAACAAGGGCAGCAGGGCGCUUACGGGCCGCGCGGGGGCGCCCCGCAGGGGCCAAGGGGCGCCGCCCCGCGCCACCAGCAGCAGCACCCGCAGUCCAAACGAAGUCGGUACUUCAUGGCGCUCUUCGACUACGAUCCGGCAACCAUGAGCCCUAACCCGGAGAGCUGCGAUGAAGAACUGCCGUUUAGCGAUGGUGACAUCAUCAAGGUGUGGGGAGACAAGGACGCAGACGGUUUCUUCUGGGGUGAGUGCCGCGGGCGACGGGGCUACGUGCCGCACAACAUGGUGGUGGAGGUGUCGGAGGCGGACGCGGGGCAGGCGGCGGUCAGCAAGCCCCGCGACCGCUGGACGGACUCGUACGCGAACCAGCCAGUGCGCCGCAUGGUGGCGCUGUUCGAUUACGACCCGCAGGAACUGAGCCCUAACGUGGAUGCUGAUGCGGAGCUAAGUUUCCAGACGGGGCAGAUAAUCCACGUGUACGGAGACAUGGACGACGACGGCUUCUUCAUGGCGGAGAUAGAUGGCGUGCGCGGGCUCGUGCCCAGCAACUUCCUCGCAGAGCCGAACGACCAGUUCACGGGUACCGGCCAGCCUGGACAAGGUGCUGUGGGUGGCAGGGGCGGGGCGGCGAUGCGAGGGCGCGGCGGCGGCGGUGGCGGUGGCGGCGGCGGCGGCGGCGCGGCGCCGGGCCCGGGUGCGCGUGGCCCGCCGCCGCCGCCGCGCGACAACGUGGCGCCCGCGCCGCGCAACCAGCAGAGGAAAGAUGCCUGCCCUCUUCCCCCUUCUCAGUUAGACCACAACACUUGCGCCAGUAAUCCAGAACAGGUGAAUUCUCAGCAGGCGAGGGUGAGAGGCGCAGCGAGCGCGCCGGCGCCGGCGAGCACGAUCGCGCGCACGAGCGCUGGUAACGUCGGCACGCCCGUGCAGUCGCCCGCCACCGGCGGCUUGGGCUCGCUGGGCGGGCUGGGCUCGCUGGGCGGGCUGGGCUCACUGGGCAACAGCCCCGCCGCCGCGCCGCCCGCCGCCGCGUCGCCCGCACGCCGCGCCGGACCCGCCGUCGUCCCACAGCCCGCCGUGCAGCCGCUCCAGACGCCCGCGCAGCAGCAGCCGCCCACCUCCCAGCCCAACCUCAUGCAGAAGUUCACCGAGAUGACCGCCCCCGGUGGCGACAUCCUCAGCAAAGGCAAGGAGCUAAUCUUCAUGAAGUUCGGGUUGGGCGGCAAAUAAUGGCGGCGCCCCGGGCUCCGCGGCGCCGAGCCGCCGCGCGCCGCGUGACGGCCGCGGCGGAACGGCCGCGCGCGCGAGCGGGCCCGUGUUUGGUAUUAUCGCGCCCUGACCGAACGGUGCUACGCGCCGACGAGAGUACUGUAAGAAAUGUAAAUAUUAAAUGAAUUCAAUAAACGCACAGUCUAGUGAAUAUUCAAUAUUAGUGUGCUCGGUAGUAACCUCUCCGCGGUCGGGGUGGAGUCAUCCGCCUCGAGUUAGUCGUACAUACGUUUUCUAUCUCUCGGACAUCUUGCCCGUCUGUUAGAUUAUAUAAAUUGUUUACACAUUAUAGCAUUGUAACUGCAUAUUGUCGUAUGUAUAGAUAUGAAAUUAUAAUGAAGUUAUUGUCUAGUUGUUACUUUACAGUCCUCGUGGCAUAGUUGUUGUGAUUUUCUACGUUACGUUUACGAUCGCUAGCUGUGAGGUUUCCUUACUUACAAACAGGAAUUAAACCUUUAAAUCUCUCUUUUUAUAAAUAUUGUUUAAAAUACUUAACUAGUCUGUUUCGGGUUAAAUAAUAAUAUACAAAAAUGCAAAGAUGUCCUGUUGCAACCGUCCUUCUGACCAAGAACUGUAUUUAAAAGACUUUGAGGAUGCUCGAGUUUGCUGCAGGCGACAUCUGAGGGUCCGUUGACGUGGUCGACAAGCUACGGCAAGCAAUGUUCAUCCAUCGUUUUCCACUUCACAAGUGUAUCCUGUAGAUUCGCCACAGCUCGCCAGGCAUGUAAACGCACGAGCCGGGGCUCGGCAACCCAUCCUGUUGGGAGUUCUCAAAGGCGACGUCACAAUGAAAGCACUGCUAAUAUAUGGUUCGCGACUUUGUCCACACGGAACCAAAUUGAAUUGUUUAUGGUCCGGGACUUACCAAAGUGAAACUGCCAGAAAAUAAUUAUAAUUUAUCAUAUUCACGUACCUACAUCAAAGUGAUACCAGCAUUAUUAUAAUAAUUCCUGCAUAUUUUUGUAGGUAGCGUAACAACGUUAACAUGUUAAACUAUCUGAAGUAGGCAUCUUGUGCGAGCGUCAGCACGCCCCCUCGAUAUUCUCGAAAUAAUAAUAUUCUGUGAUAGUAGACGUGAUACCAUCUUUAUCAUUCUAAUAAUAAUAAUUGUACUACAUUAAUAAUUCUGCGUCAUUUAUCACUAAGAAAUAUCGAAGACUUCUAACUUCAAAUUGUUUUCCUUCGAAACUAAUUGUUAUAGCUGUCUAGAAGCCUGUUUAUCUCUAUGUAUCAUCAAUUCGACGAUAAAUAAAAGAGUCAGCUAUCUUUGGAAAUACUACGUAAUGUUUCAAUUACACUGAAAUGAGAUAUUUAUACUAAAUCAUCCAAUAAAUUGUUUUUAGUUUAUACAGACAAGAAUUAGUCCACUCGUUUUUUCAGACCCUUUCAGCCCAUAUGGCAUGCAUGAUACAACCUGAUGCGUACGCUCGUGUAGCAUUAAGUAAAUUCCUUUACUACAAGAUUAGCCUGUUACAGGCUACGCCGUAGCAUUUUGUAGCAGAGCUGCUUUGAAUGACAAUUUAUAUGUACCCCACUUGUGUAGUCGCGAGGCCGGUUAGAAACAAAUGCAAUCGAUUUACACGACAUUAAUUGUGCACUAAAACACCGAAAAAAGUUAGAAAGCCCUAUAAAGUUGCUUAGGCAGCAUAAAAGUUCUGAAAUAAGUUGUGUGCCCAUUGUCCAUUCUGAAUUUUUGACUGAAUUGUUACUUAAUAAUAUUAGGUACAUCAUUUUAAAUGCUAUCCUGUUGCUUCUAUGGUUAAAUUAAGGUUAAUUUAGUAAGCUAUUAUAAGAGUACUGACACAAAUAUUGUGUUCAUACUUCAUUCACUAUCAUUUUGAUGUAGAUCAUUGACAUUUUAGUUGUCUAGUACAAUACAGUCUACCUUGUACCUAGUAACGCUUAGGUAAGUAGUUAAUUACAAGAUUGUAAUGACAAUUUGUAAAUUUUGCAAUGUGAGUUGUGAUCUACGAUCUGGCACUUCCGAUCUCUCUAAUGGCGAUCGCUCUAAGUAAUCUUAAGUGCUACAGAAUUUACGACAAAGUGAUCAAGUGCACACUAACGAAAUUUCGAUUUUUGCGGUAGGCUCUAUCAGUUAUUUGACUGGCGUAGUUUUUUAGCGCUACACAUACCUCACUUAAUUCAGUAACUGACUACAGGGACUCGACAACUCGUAGAAGUGUUUCUAACAUAUAUAUAGCUGUCGUCAGUUACUGAAUUAGUUUUGUAAGGUGUGUGAAGCUUUAUACCGGAUGCUGAAUAAUGUCAGUGAUCUACUGAUUUAGUGAAGAUUGUAAAUGUUUUAGUGAAAUUAAUGUUUUCAUUCACUUAAACACCACAGCGUACAAAAUAAGUGUUACGCGUCAGCAGUGUUUGUCUUUGGGGACAAAUUUUGUGUUAUUAUGAAAUUCAUUGUUGAAUUGAUGUUGAAUCGUUGGAUUUUAAAUGUGUUUACUCCAAACAAUGAAACCUUGCCUAAGUAGGUACCUAUAUAUUAAGUAUUAACAAAUGGAUGGUUGGCUCGUCCCUCAUUUAACAAACCUAUCCAUAAAAGUUGAUGUUAAUAUUUAUUUGUAUCCCGCAUCAUCAUAAUUUGUGGUAAGAAAAGAAGACUUUUGUAACGAUAUCUUAGAUUGUUAACUAAAAUUGUUUAUUAUGCGUUGGCAAUUAAACUUAAACUCUAACUGUACAUUGUAAAAUGGUUAACGAUUGAAGUGUCUGUUACGAGCGAAAAAAAGUUUGGCAUAACAUUUUGUCACAGCUAAGGAAAGAAAGUUAACGUAUUCUGAUAGCAAUAUCAAGGACUAUUUUCACAAUUAGGACGCGUUUACACUGUGGUGUGGGUUGACAAUUUUUACACGUUGACAUCCGAUACCGCAGUGCUAAAUGCAUGGUGCAUAAUAAGUACCUAAGUGUUAAUACGACAGGAGGUUAAAAUGUUUACUUACUUCCCUUUUAGUUUGCCGUUGCCAAACUUUUUUUAAUUGAACGGGUGCUUAAGUCGGAUGGUUAUAAUGGCUCUCAGGCGGUGACUGGCCGCCAGGAGCGUGCUUCGAGUAGGCUAUUUCGAGAUUGCUCACUUCGUACAAGGGAUUCAUAUUAAGUCCUUUAAAAUAAUCGCUUCGGUAUACCCAGUUUAACCCUUUUAACAUAUAAAUCCAGAAUUAGCUUGCGAUUCCUAAUAAUAACCAUUCGUAUGUAAGAUGUAUUGCAACUGAUUAGUCCACGUGAAUGUAUAACUAUGUAUGUAUAAUUCGGUUGUUGUACAUAAUGCGCGCCUGCGGAUGUUUUAGCUAAGCACUACGCUACAUAUCUAUAUAAUGUAUGUAUAACCUGUACUAUUUGAACAUUUUCUAUCAUUAAUAAAUAUCUAGCGUUAUUUCUAACACCGUUCAAAGUUGUUCACUUGUUUAUACAUUGUUAUAAAUCUGUAUCCAUAUCUUUUAUCACGACUUGUACCGUGUAUGGUUAUUUAUACGAAGUAAUAUAAAUUAUGUAUAUUAAUCGUGCAUUCAUGUGUGCAUAAUUUAAAAUAAAGAGUUGUAUAUUAUAUUUAAUGAUGAAUUAUGGCAAACACUAUAAUGGAUAAAUCUUUAACAAUGUACCAAUGAAAUAUGCUGAGACAAAAUAAAUAAUACAAAUGCCGCUUCUUUA